AUGAAAAAAAUUAUUCGGUUGUUCUCUAUCUAUAGCAUUGUCCAAUGUAUAAAGAGCAGAAAAUUCUUGUUCUGCGGAAUUGCUGAUAAUGUCCCAGCAGUCAUAACUUCAUCAUCGCAGGUAACAAAGUCCUCAAAAGAAAUUCCUGAUUCAGACACCACUGUAUUCCACUCUGCAAAAGGUGAAAUAUCUUCGGUUUCAGCUUCUUCUGUUGACGACGAUGAAAAACCACAAAAAACCAUAUUUUGUCCGGGUAAUGAUUUACAUACAAAAACCAUGAUAAAAGAGCAUAACACGGUCAAAGGAAUAUGUGAUGGUCUAAUUUCGAAUAAAUACACUCAAAAAACCAUGUUAAAAGAGCGCAACACGAUUAUCCGCGUUUAUGAUGGUCUAAUUUCGAAUAAAUACACAUAA